AUUCCAAACAAGUUCUUCCAAACUCGGUGCUUUUUUUCGAGAAUUUGUCUUUAAAAAAAGUCCAAGUCACGAGUUGGUGCAGUUAAAUUAAAUAUUCUAUCUUUAUAUUUUUCACCUGGAUUAUUUAGAGUUGGAUUAAAUAUUUUGUCAUUUAGAUUUUGGUCAUGUUCUACCUCGGUGGUAUUAUUAAUCGGUGUGAAACAGUUUGGAUGAUGAUGUUUGGGAAUCAAUUGUUUGCAAGACAGCUUACCUGAUGGAAUUUACCAAUGUUACUAGCUAUGAAUCUCUCUUAAAAUGGCUUGGAGCAGAUGACUGCUUUAACAUGGGACAAGGUGCCAGCAAUGUUAAUUUAAAAAUUUUCUGUAUUAUAAUCUUUCCGAGUAAUCGAAUUUAUUAUUCUCAACAUGGAUAUGUUUCCACAAGACAUUCAAAGAAGAACGACUUACUUGCAUUCUCCUCGUUGAAAACAACGCAAUAACGAAGAACUUCGGUAUUAACACAACACUGGUUACUAAAUUAAAUUCUGCAAAUAUUCCCUAAACUUCCUUAGAAUCUCUAUUUUGGAAAGCAUUUUUCUCUUAAUCUUAAUCGCACCCACUGUAUCAAAAUUCGAUCACGAAAUCAACCCACAAUUACUUUUGAAAUAUGCAACUGUGAAUUAUAUUUGCAACAGUCACAUCAAUGAGAGUUAAUAAUGGUACAUUUGACGUUGUGUCUGAGGCAACACUAAUAGAGGUUCAAAAAAUGCCUCCAACUCGAUUUCAUCCCUAUCAUGGGGAAAAUAUUCAAUUAUUUCAUGAAAAUCUGGUGGCUUACCGUAAAACUAGUUUUGCCCAUGCACUGACAUUUAGUGAAGAACCUCUAAAACCAGGAGAGAUCUUCCUUGUGGAAAUUGAAAAGACAGAGCGUGGAUGGAGUGGUCACCUACGUAUUGGUCUAACACAAUUCGAUCCACGUAACCAUUUCAAAUUACCGCAGUAUGCUCUACCGGAUCUUGCUAACAUGGGCAAAUCAUGGAUCUAUGCUGUGAAUAAAUCUCACAAUCGUAUUUUCACUGGGAACAUUGAAAUUGAUGAGGAUCAAUCUACCGAACCAUACCAACCUGUUGUGGGAAACGAAGACUUAAUUCAAACUCCGCGUGGUACUUUUAGUCGUAGCCUUCUGUUACCCGUACGGUUCCCUAUGGAGCGUAAAAAUGGCUAUUGUAUUCCAAAAAAGGGAAGUAUCUUGCCGACUGAUGUUGGCAGUCGAAUAGGUAUCAUGUAUGUAGUAAAUGAUGACCGCGCUGAGAUGCAUUUUAUUAUCAAUGGACUGGAUCAAGGACCUUGUGCCAAAAAUAUACCAUAUCAAGAUGGUCCUUUAUAUGCCAUAGUUGAUGUUUAUGGCACAACUAAACAAGUACGGAUAAUUCAACUCUAUGGAGUGACAUCAUUACAGAAUGCUUGUCGUGAAAUCAUCUUACAAAUGGUUCGUAAAGAAGAUAUCGAUAUAUUACCAUUACCAACCAAAUUAAAGCAGUUUCUGUUAUAUGAAGUCUGAAGAAUACUCGAACAAAGUGUGUGGCUCCUUCUAUUGUGUGAUAUUUGAACAUUGCAUGAACAGAACAUUUGUUUUUGUUUUUUUUUCUCUCCCCCUCACCAAACUUUAUCUACCUUUUUUUUCUCGAGGCUAGAAUGAAGUUGGAAAUAAAAAUUCCCACUUUUUUUUUGAUUUUUUUUUUUUUUUUUUUUUUUUUUAGACACAUCUUGACAACUGUUUAUCUGAAACAUGUAAGAUCCAUUGCUGCUGCUAAUACUACUGCUAAUACCAUCUCUAACCUUCCCCCCAUUACCCCCCACUUUCAAUAAAUUUGCUACUAGUUGUGAAAAAAAAAAAGAAAUUCUAUCAACUAACCCAAACACAUUCUUUAAUGGACCAGAAUUGUUUUGUAGUGAAGACAGUUUUUGUAAGUUACUUUUGGGUUAGUAAAUUGAUAGCUGUUUUUAGUAUUAGAAUAUAAUGUAUAUAUUUUGUACAAGGCAAUAUCUGUAAGGAAUAUAUAUUUUUUAUUUAUACAGUAUUUUUUAAUAGUUUAUCAGCAAACAUGGAUUGAAGAACAGAAGAGAAAUAAAAGGAAGAACAACUACACUCUAAAUAUUACUCGAACUCUGAUUGAAUCUUGGAUUGAUUAGGAUUGGAAAGAUAAAACUGCAAUUAUCUUCUAAUGCUAAUAUCCUUAAUUAAAACUCAUGCUAUUGUUACAUCCUCUU